GUAGAAAGCUGAAGCAACCCGCGUUAGGGAAAGAGACAGCCACCACCGUAGACCAAGAACAAUCCUAUUUUCUGUGGCUGCUCCAAUAUUCCUUCACUGUCAAUUCAACCCAAGCCAGCAUGGCUCCGUCGCUCCCCGAACCUGUGCCAGAUUCGCCCUCUGACGGUGAUCCAACUUUGCGAACGUUUACGCUGUAUCUUAUUCGUCACGGCGAAGCUAGUCACAACGUGGAAGAAAAGCUAGCACAAAAGCAGGCUCUUGAAGAAUGCAUCGCCCAAGGGCAUUCUCCCGACGACCCCGUCACGAAGGAAAAAAUGGAACAAGCCAGACAAGCCAUUCUCGAAAAUCCCGACUUUUUCGAUGCUCGUCUUUCCGAUCUCGGUAAAGAAGAGGCUGAGGCAGCCCGAGCCCUAAUCGAAACGUGGGGCGAUUUGCCUGUUCCGCAGGAGGUGUUUGUCAGCCCUUUGCAGCGGACGCUACAAACCGCUAGUCGUGUGUUUCCGGAUCAUCCCAAUAUUCACGUCCGAGAAGAGUUACGGGAGCGACUAACCGGACGUCCCGCCGACAAUCGAUUUUCCAGCACAGAACUCAGUCGUCGAGAUUCGUUCAAAAAGUUUUCCUUUAAGCAUUUGCGACUCAACUCCAUUGUGAAUGAUCUGGCUGGAAUUUUUGGAGGAACAAGUUCCACCGAUUUGCAAGAAUUGGAUCGAAUCGAAGAAAAGGACGAAGAUUUGUCGGGCACCGCUCGGAGCAGCGUGGUUAGCUUCGAGAGCAACUCUAGUUUACAUCAUAAUGUCACGAAUACACGCAGCUUACAUCGGCUCGGAAGCUCGUGCAACGCCGACGAAGUCGUGGAAGACGAGGCCAAACUCCGCGAACGGACUUUCAAAGUGUUUAAGCUUCUCCUCGAGUCGGAACACGAUUCGAUCGCAUUGGUAACUCAUAAGGGUUAUUUGCGAACCUUGGAACGGGGGCAUUUGCAUCAACCAAAUGCGCGGCAGUUUCAGAAUUGCGAAGUUCGUGUUUACCAAGCUACCAUUCAUGUCGAGCGUAAGGAAGUGGAACGGAUUGUCCGAUUGAAGUGAAAGCAAUAGAAUAAAGGACUGAGUAAGUUGAAAUAUGUACUAUAUUACGGACAACGCAGAGUCUCUGGCUCAACAACCUGAAUGAAAGACAAUAAGCAAAUUCGCCAAUAGCAGAUAUCCAAAAGCAAGAAGUUACUGGUUUGAUUGCACCUUGACAACGCAGUCUCGCCCUUAUUUGAUGCAACCAAAGCAAAAACUAUGUAGGCUCAGCUACAGCAUUUUGGUGAAGAACCUUUCGCUUCUGAGGCUAGCUUUUGGCGCCACGCCAC